GGGUCAGUCAGUCAGUCGCCUCAGUCUCUCACACACAGGCUGUAGUGCUCUGUGUCCUUGAAGUCCUACACAGUCUAAAAAUCCAAACUUUAACUAUUCUGUCAUCUUAAAUAACUCAGGAGAAUGGGCAUUUUUGUCUCAAAGGCCAUGGACCACAGCCUGAAGAAGCAGCAGGAGUUCAUGCUGCACAAUGCUAGAAUCCAGAUGGAGCGUCAGAUCCUCAUGCAGAAUGAGAUGCGAGAGCGACAGAUGGCUAUGCAGAUCGCCUGGUCCAGAGAAUUUCUCAAAUACUUCGGGUCUUUUUUUGGCCUGGCUGCAUUCGGCCUCACGGCCAGAGCCAUAAAGAGGAGAAACCCUGGUCUGUUUGUGCCGCUGGUGCCACUCAGCUUCAUCCUGGCGUAUCAGGUGGACAUGGCGUACGGCUCCUACAUCCACCGCAUGAGAGAGGAAGCUGAGAGCAUCAUGGUGGCUGAAGCGGAUCGGCUGAAUUUACCUCAUGGACCGCCGACAUUUGAGGGCAUUGAGAAAGCGCGCAGAGCAAAGUCCCACCUGCCUCCUCUCUCAGAGAAAUGAGGGACGCUUUUAGCAGGAGUGAGUCGGGGAGGGGGGAAUGUGUAGUAAUGAAGAUGUUUCUGCACUCUGAUGAGGUCCUUUGAGGUUCUAAAUUCAGCAGAAUUUACAGGUUUAGCUAUUGAUCAUGAGUUUGGUGUUGGUUGCUGGGAUCGAUUAGAUCAUACAGCUAGGUGGAAGAAAAUUGAUGAAGAAUUGCAGAUAAAUCUUUGAUUGGAAAAUCUUCAGCCUGAAUUUUUGGAUCAAAUGCAGCUGAUUAGAAGGAACUCUUGACUCUGAUUGGUUGUUUGUAAUCUAAAUGUGCAGCGUUGGCCAGAUAGAAAAGCCAAAGUGACACCUUUUGGGCAGUUUCUACCUUUAACCAUUCAUCUUUCUUCCUGGAUUAUUUUCUAAUUUUUACGGUACGCGUUCAAUUUCAAAGUGGGUUGAUGGAUUGUAUUUAGUGACAUUUAAUUCUGUUUUCAUUAAUUAUUACAGCUCAAGAAACACUUGAAAUAUUACAAACUGUACCUUAAUAUUAUAUUUUAGGUGAUUUGCUAAUCAGUAGCUAAAACACCUUAAAUAUCAGUUUUACUGUUUUUUUUUUUUAAAUAUGGUAACCUUCUGGCCUAAAUGUGUGUCAGUACGCACUUGUAUUUUUUUAAAAUGUAUAUAGAUGAUGUUCCUUUCUUUUUGAGCACCUUACCUGAAUGUCAAACAGAUUAAAAAAUGUCUACAAGCUGUUUAAACAGAGAUGACUCUGAAUUCGUGUGACGUCACAGGAGAGACGGAGAUGCUCUUAUCUGUACUGUCGAAUCUCUCAUGUCUGAUCAGGUGUGUGUGUGUGUGUGUCUUUAAUCAGUGAACAGAGGAGCUGUGUGUUCUACAGAGUCAUGUUACUUCAGGAGAGCAGUGUGAGGGUGUGGCACUGUACACACACAGGGUUAGGGCAGUUCUCUCAUCUUUUAGCGCGCUCUGUAAAACAGUGUUGUGUUAAAUCCCUACUGUGUGCAACUAAAAUUCAUCAAAUAAACAAUUAUCUAUCUA